UCUCUCUCCAACUCCCACUACUAUUUAUUUGACCUUUUACAUUCUCACCUUUUCUUUUUUUCCUCCGUUUCAUCAUAAUCUAGCUGGGUUUGUGUUUUUUUCAUCUCUCUUAUUGUCUCUCUCCCCCCUUAUUUUUUUUUUACUUUACCUUUAUUUCUCUUUUCUUCUCUCUCCUCUCUCUCUCUCUCUCAAAAUAGAAAUCCUUAUUUGCUUCUUCUUCUUCCUUCUUCUUCAUAUAUACAUAGAAUAGUACUUUUUUUACUCUGCAAAGUAUAAAUACUUCUAUGGCGAUACUACCCACCACCCCUUCAAGCCUGGAGUUGACCAUAGGAUUCUCCUCUUCCCCAUCUCUUUCCUCUUCUGUGAUGAGAGAUUUGGACAUAAACCAAGUACCAUCAGUUGGAAGAGAUCACCAUCAUCAUCAUGAUCACCAUGAUCAUGAUCAUAAUAAUCAAGAAGACAGCAUGGAAGACGAAGAUGAAAUGAUGAUGAGCAGUACUACUCAUUCAGGCCCUCCUCGGAAAAAACUUCGUCUCACUAAGGAACAGUCUCGUCUUCUUGAAGAAAGCUUUAGACAACACCAUACCUUAAACCCUAAACAGAAAGAGGCUUUGGCGUUGCAGUUGAAACUAAGGCCACGCCAAGUUGAGGUUUGGUUCCAGAACCGUAGGGCCAGGAGCAAGCUGAAACAGACGGAGAUGGAGUGUGAGUACUUGAAAAGAUGGUUUGGAUCACUGACCGAACAAAACAGAAGACUACAAAGAGAAGUGGAGGAGCUGAGGUCCAUGAAAGUGGGUCCUCCAACAGUGAUCUCUCCACACAGCUGCGAGCCUCUUCCGGCAUCCACACUCACAAUGUGUCCACGCUGCGAACGUGUCACCACCUCCACUACUUCCGCAGUCGCCGGAAACCACAACAUGCCCGGCCCCACCAGAACUGGUGCUGCCUCCACCGCCGUCGCAUUGUCGUCUAAAGUGACGACGCCCUCCCUGUGAUCCUGCCGUAUCUUCAUCCACAUUGUCUAAUGACCCACUUCGUGGAAAAAAGAAAACAAAAGAAAAGAAAAAAGAAAAAGAAAAGUUUGAUUAAAUAAUUAAUUAAUUGAUUAAUUAUUAGAGAAUGUUCAUAUAGCUAAAAAGUUUUAUGCAACGUGUUGCGAGGGGACACUCUACACAAUACGUUGUCUUAAAAAUCUCUGCAUAGAUAUUCUAAUGAUAUUGUUUGGUUGUUCUUUGGCA